AUGCUUCCGGCAUCAUCGGCUACAGGCCGAAUGCCGAGAGAAGAGUGCAGAGACAACACCUCGGUCUUCAUGAGGCGGUCACGCACCCGCAGCACACAUGCUCUGCUUUCCUCGGUGCCGGCUUGGCUUCUCGUCGUCUCCCGUCUCUUUCAAGGCCCGGAUGGCAGCGACACACAGCUGAUCGAAUUUGCACACGCUUUUCUCUUGCAGUCGUUUGCCGUAGCGUCCGAACCAAGGGCUUGCCCCGCCUGUCCACGCAGCAUGAGCGCGGCAGUCCUAGGAUUACGCCUUGUUGGCGGAGAAGCAUGCCAGCUCUUCGUGUGCUGCGCUGCCGCCCAACUGCCGGGAUCAUCAGCAGCAGUCCGAAUGCUAAGAUAA